CAGGAUAUUCCUGCGCCUGUGACCUUCCAUUGCUCUUUUGUGUUUGUGUGUGUGACUCUUAGAGAACUGUAUGUUGUUCUUGCGGGUGUCUGGCCAGUAUCGUGACACAAAUGCUCAUUAUGUGUGGUGUUCCUGCGUCGGUUAUAUUCCUGCUGAUGAACCCUUGAUCUCAGGCUGCUGUUCCUCUGAUGAAGAUGGUGGAGAGGCCAAGGAGAGUCAGAAAGGUGACCUAAGUCGAGUGGAAGGGGCCAGAAACGACGCAGUGAAUGUUCAUGGGGUCAGAGGUCAGCCAAGCCCAAGAACUCUGCCAAGGAGCACUACCACUCAAAGAGGUGAUUCUGUGACCCAGGACCAAAAACCAGCAACUACAAAGCAUGACAGCUCCAUAAGCACAUCUGUGGAUGACAAUCAGAUGUUUCACGUUUGUGUCCUAGAACAGAGAGACAAGAGUUCGGAGAGUAAUGUAAACGGGAACAGCGAAGUGGUAACGGUUGAGAUUCAUCCAAAGAAAAGCACGGCUAACUUGGUGAAGAAGUUUUCUUUCGGAAAAGGAAAAGUAACCAGGACAAAUGAAGCCGUUUAUGACAAUGAGGGCUAUGUCAAUGACCAGAAUGGAGCCAAAGUGAGCAAUGCAAUACUAUUUGCUUAUCCAUGGGAUGGGUCUGCGCUUAAGUCAAUGCGGAUUGAUUUAAAUCAGUUUAAACAGCUUGAUGCUUAUGCAAGUAAGGUGAAGGCUAGCGGCAGUGUGGAGGCUCUGGUCCAAAACCUUCUCAGAAGCACCGGCAGUGAUAUCGAGAAGCUGAGGGCGAUUUGGAUGUGGGUGACGCACCACAUCGCGUAUGAUGUGGACGGCUACCAGAAUCCCACUCUACGGUCGGCCUCCCCUGAUGACGUCUUACGCGCCGGAAGGGCCGUGUGUGCGGGAUACUCCCAGCUGGUUCAACGGAUGUGCAGUCUUGCAGGUGUAGAGUGUAAGGAGCUGUCUGGAUAUUCCAAGGGUGCAGGGUACGAGUUGGGAAAACGAUUCCGUGGGGAGUCGGAUCAUGCCUGGAAUGCCGUGCGACUGGCCGGGAGUUGGCACCUUCUGGAUGCUACCUGGGGAGCUGGACAUGUGUCCGAUAAUGUUUCUCAGUUUAUAUUCAAGUAUAAUGAGUUUUACUUCUUGACUCACCCUGCCCUUUUUGUGGGAGAUCAUUUCCCUCUGGAGGGUCAGUGGCAGCUCCUGAGACCACAGGUCUCGCUUACGCAGUUUGAGGAUGCAUCUUUACGGAAAAGCGGCUUUUAUAAUUCUGGCCUGCUGUCCUCGCAACCAGAGUCUUGGCUCAUCCAUUCAGAUCAAAAGACAACCAUCACCAUGAAGAGUUCAUCACCUAAGCUCUUCAUGCAAACGCUCAACGACAAAGAGAACUAUGGCAUCUUAACCCUGAAGCCAGACGGGAUGAAGUUGGAUGUCUAUCCUCCGGAAAUCGGAAAGCAUUCCUUGAAAAUCUAUUGCAAGGACCCAGAUUCUACAGAAAAGACGUACAACUCAGUGUCGCAUUACGAGAUCCGGUGCAAGGCCGUCGACAGGGGGCUGAACUUGCCUGAAGACCUGAAGAACCCCAUGGGGCCCAGCUGGCUGUCUGAGCAGAGUGGCCUCCAUGACCCCUCCCAGCGUGACCCUCUGGUCCACACUGCUGACGGUCGCUGCUCCUUCAGCUUCCGGGCGGACAGUCACUGGGAAUUCUUCGGCAUGCUGAGCACAGGGGCCUUUUGCAUGACAGAUGAUAAGCAGCGCAGGCACACAUUCAUGUCUAGAACCGUGGAACGUGUUAAAUUCCAAGUGCAGUUACCAAGACCUGGGCUAUAUCAGCUCUGUAUCUAUGGCAAAGAGAAAACAAUGGCAGGGAGUUUCAGCAAUGUCUGUAAUUAUCUGAUCUCCUGCACCAACGCCAAGGUGAGCUGGCCGGUCUUCCCUUUGAAAUACGCUUCCUGGCAAGAACACUGUGAGCUGGUUGAGCCUCUUUCCGGUGUCCUCCCAGCCAACCGGACCAUCCGGUUCAGGAUGAGGGUCCCUGGGGUAUCCCAGGUGUCAGUGCAAGGCAAGGCAACACAGGAUCUGUGCCUGGAUUCGGAUGGAUUCUGGAAUGGUCUCUGCAGCACUGCGGGAUGUGUGGAUCUGUCGGUCAUGAUCAGAGAGAAUCCGGAUGACAUCACUCGCUCCUUUAUACUUAACUAUCAAGUGGAGGGUAAAAGUGACUAGUAACAGAAGUCUGCCUUGAAUUCGACAGUUUCUUCAAUAAAAAAAGAAAGUACCAUACAUGUAUGACAGAAGGUAGUGAUUUCCCAAAAACCUUGAAACCACAAAC